UUAAGCAGAGAAAAAAAAACGCAGGACUUGGAAGUUUUAGAGCAGAUUCUCUUUGGAAGACUGAAACAACCGUACUCUACUCUACUCAACUCAACUCAACUCAACUCAGCGCCAUCUUUGCUCUAUUUUCUCACCACAAGAAAAAUGGCAGCUAAUAUUAUAACCCAAUCAUCUCUGCUUCAACCAAAACCCGCACUUUCUGCUAAAACCCUUCAAAUCCCAUCUCUGCAUCGCUUAUCCGGCCUCCCUCCUCCAUCAAGGGUUGGUUUUUUGCUGGAAAAGAAAACGGGGAUUGUUGGAAAAGCUGUAUUAACAUCGGCUGUAUCGGACUCAACCUCGUCAGUUUUGGAGAACAAGAAAAACAGCAAGAAUCCCAUUGUCGUCAUUGACAAUUACGACAGUUUCACUUACAAUCUUUGCCAGUAUAUUGGAGAGCUUGGAUGUUACUUCGAGGUUUUUCGAAAUGACGAAUUAACUGUAGAAGACUUAAAAAUGAAAAACCCUAGGGGAGUGCUUAUCUCUCCUGGUCCAGGAACACCCCAAGAUUCCGGAAUAUCACUGCAGACUGUUUUGGAACUCGGACCUACUGUACCUUUGUUUGGUGUUUGUAUGGGUUUGCAGUGCAUUGGUGAGGCUUUUGGAGGAAAGAUAGUGCGGUCUCCCUAUGGUGUUAUGCAUGGCAAAAGUUCUCCUGUAUAUUAUGACGAAAAGGGGGAAGACGGUUUGUUAACUGGAUUGUCAAACCCUUUCAAUGCCGGCAGAUAUCACAGCCUCGUGAUUGAAAAGGACAGUUUCCCUGAGGAAGCACUUGAGGUUACUGCUUGGACAGAAGAUGGACUGAUAAUGGCUGCUAGGCACAAAGUUUAUAAGCAUCUGCAGGGUGUUCAAUUCCAUCCAGAGAGCAUCAUAACCUCUGAAGGAAAAACAAUUGUUCGGAAUUUCAUCAAACUAAUCGAGAGGAAGGAGGUGACAGGAUCCAAGAAUUAGAGGUCUUCUUCUGCAUAUAGAAAUACUUGAGUUGUGAAUGUCGCAUAUCAGCAUGGCAACAUAACCUGGAAUCCUUUCUCUAUUUCCUUUUCUUUCAGUCAUAUAAGUGUAGAACUUGAAACUCGGUGGCUUCAUAUUCAUGUUUUGAAAAAAUUUCAGAAUGCAUCUCCUUUUCUUUGUGGAAA